AUGUCUGUUCCACCUCGAUUCCGGUCCGCGGAUUCCGGUGAACGAGAAUUCCGAUCAGUUCUUGGUCCAACAGGAAACAAGCUGCAGAGGAAACCACCGGGGAUGAAACUGGAGAAGCCGAUGAUGGAGAAGACCAUCAUCGAGUCAAAAGAUGAGAAAACGAAGAAACCAACUACUCCGGCUUCGCCAAGGACGACUCUGAAGCAAUGCUCGUCUCUUUGCUCCUCGCUUCUCAGAAAGAACAGUGCCUCUAUGACUGCUUCGUAUUCCUCUGACGCUUCUUCUUCCUGCGAGUCGUCUCCUGUGAGUGUGGCGUCUUCUUCGAGCUGUAAGAAGGUUGUGAGGAGAAGUGGAGCUGUCUCUUCCACGAGGAAGCUCAGUGUUGGGAAGGAAGAGGAGAAAGUUGCUGGUGAUUGCUUUGCUGAUGGGCGUAAAAGGUGUGCUUGGAUCACACCUAAAGCUGACCCAUGCUAUGUUGCUUUCCACGACGAAGAAUGGGGAGUUCCUGUACAUGACGACAAGAAGCUUUUCGAGUUAUUAUGCCUCUCUGGUGCUCUAGCUGAACUCGCCUGGACCGAUAUUCUCUCCAGAAGACAAUUACUCAGGGAAAUUUUCAUGGACUUCGAUCCAGUUGCUGUUUCUGAAUUGAAUGACAAAAAGUUAAUAGCGCCUGGCACUGCUGCCAUUUCCUUACUAUCAGAGGUCAAGAUACGGUCAAUCCUCGAUAACUCACGCCAUGUGCGCAAGAUUAUAGCUGAAUACGGAUCCUUUAGGAAGUACAUGUGGAACUUUGUGAACAACAAGCCUACACAGAGCCAAUUCAGGUAUCAACGGCAAGUCCCAGUGAAGACAUCAAAAGCUGAGUUUAUAAGCAAAGAUCUAGUACGCAGAGGUUUUCGCAGCGUUAGUCCAACGGUUAUAUACUCAUUCAUGCAAGCAGUUGGGCUCACAAACGAUCAUCUCAUAGGGUGCUUCAGAUACCAAGACUGUUGCGUAGAUGCAGAGACGAUAACAACAACCAAGGCCAAGAAGAAGAACGAGCGAGAGUGACAUAGAAGAGCAAUUUCUGAAAACAAGCUAAUUAACGUAUUUGAGUACCGAUGUUGUUUUGCUUUGCUUUCAAAGAUUAUAUUGACACAACGAGGUUUUGUUACGGUGAAGUGUUUUUUAUUUUUCGUUGUAUAGAUGUUUUUUUUUUGGUAAUCGGUUUAGCAUAGUAGGAUGUUGCCAUGAACUGUUAGACCGGACGUAUCUCUCUGAAUCGAUUACAUGCUACGUUUUAAGUU